AUGUGGCUGACACUGACAGUGUUGUUUUUAUGUAUCAAAAAAGUCAUCAAAACAUCAAAAACGUGUAUACCUUCUUUGGAUCACUUAAUUGGGGGUGGUUUACCUGCAGGUGCUAUUUUUGUUGUUGAGGAAGAUCUGUUGGGCAACUACAGCAGGAUACUCACCAAAUAUUAUCUUGCUGAAGGAAUUGUUUGUAAUCAUGCAUUAUUUAUAGCUUCGGCAGAUGAUGACCCACAAGAAAUAUUGAAGGAAUUACCACAGCCAUGUACAUCUCCACCAGAUAGUGAAAUAACAAAAAUCACUGAAAAUAUGGAUAAAAUGAAGAUAGCUUGGAGAUAUGAGGGUUUAAGUCAAGUGGAGUCUUCAUUUGGAAAUAAUACUUGCUUCGGACAUCAUUUUGAUUUAAGCAAACAUAUUGAUGUAGAUAAAAUAAAAAAUAAUGAUAUCUCAUAUUGUUAUGUGGAUUUCACUGAGAGUAAUGUUGAAGGUUUCAGGAACUGUCUCUACUCCAAUCUAUUAUUAAGAAUAAAGGAAAUUAUCAAAGAUUAUGAGAACAGCAAAAGCAAAGACAAAAAUAUCCUUAGAAUUUGUAUACAAUCCCUGGGGUCUCCAAUAUGGAUGUCGAUAGACUGUGAAGAAGCCAGCCUUGAUCAUUAUGGUCAAGACUUGAUAAAAUUCAUGUACUGCUUAAGAAUCUUGCUGAGAGAUAAGAAUGCAACUGCAUUUGUUACUGUCCCAUCACAUUUGUUUGAAGAUGAACACUUAAUGAAAAGGGUCCUGUAUUCUGUUGAUAAUUCUGUGAAAUUAGAAUCUUUCACGGGUUCAAGCAAAGAAACAAAUCCAGUAUACAAAGAUUAUCAUGGCCUGUUCCACAUAACGAAAUUGAGUGCAGUAUAUUGUAUGGUUCCAUAUGUACCACCAAGUCUAGACCUAGCUUUUAAAUUGAAAAGAAAGAAGUUUGUUAUUGAAAAACUACAUUUACCACCAGAACUACAAGAAAGCAGUGAAAGGGAGCAAGACGAUAUUACAUCAACGGCAUAUGCGUGUGGCGGUUUUAAAAAGAAAGACAUAGAUUUUUAA